UAUAAAAUUAUUAUACUUAAACAAAAAGCGUAAGUGCGUAAGUGCUACAAUCGCCGCUUGUCGAAAGAAGAGAGGAAAGAGAACUCUUAAAUUUUCACCCGAGUUACCUCCUCAGCCAACCAACCACUCAGCACAAUCAAUUGCAGAAUCAGCUUAUCCUGGUCCGACUAUACCAGAACACGUACGGAUCCCUUGUAAGGAAUUUUGCUCCGAUUAUUUAUUAGAGCAUUCUCCGGCGCAUGCAAUCCAUCAGGCGGUUCACCGGAAACAACUGCCGACAAAGCCAUGGAGUUGUGCAGAAAUAGCGGUGAGGAGGCAGUCCUCAAAAUAUUCUGAUUCUAGUGGCCCUCACUCAAUUAUUUUCCUGUUCCAGUCUCUGAUUUUACUUUAAUCCACUGAGUAAUUGAGCAUAUAGUGAAAUAUGGAGCUUGGCCUCCUCAUUAUUGUUCAGUUGUUCCAGUCUGUGAUAUACUUCAGUCUAUUGAGGAUUUGAACAAACAGGGAAAUAUAUAUAUAUAUAUAUAUAUAUAUAUAUGGAGCUGCAAUUUAAGGUGGCACAGGCAGUUCACAUCCUCAACCAUGAUUCUCAAUCCUGCAACCGCGUUGCUGCAAAUCAAUGGCUGGUUCAGUUUCAGCAGACAGACGUAGCUUGGGAGGUUGCUACUUCAAUCCUUGCAUCAGAUCAGCCACCAAUUAUAAAUGACUUUGAGGUUGAAUUUUUCGCCGCUCAGAUUCUCAAAAGAAAGAUCCAAUCUGAAGGAUGUUACUUGCAGAUUGGAGCCAAAGAUACUUUGCUCAAUUCUUUACUUUUAGCUGCUAAAAGAUUUAAUUCUGGCCCUCCACAGCUCUUAACACAAAUCUGUCUCGCACUCUCAACUCUUAUACUUCUUCAUUCCGGAGAGCACAGCAAGCCGAUAGAGCAGCUUUUCUACAGCCUACAAAAUUUGCAGAGACAGGAGGGUGGUAAUAAUGCUAUUUUGGAAAUGCUGACUGUACUUCCUGAAGUUGUAGAGGACCAAACUAACAGUUGCAGUAUAAAUUCAUCUCGCCGAAGCGAGUACCAGCAAGAGCUUCUUUCAUGCACCUCGAUGGUUCUCCAAUUUCUGCUACAGCAAUCUGAGAAUAUUGUUGAUAGCAGCAUCCACCUCAAGGAGAGGGACAGAAAAAUAUUGCGUUGCUUAUUGAGUUGGGUUCGGGUUGGAUGCUUUUCAAAGGUUCCCAUUGAUUCAUUGUCAACACAUCCGCUGCUAAAUUUUGUUUUCAACUCUUUGCAGGCUCCACUUUCCUUUGAUUUGGCCAUUGAAGUACUUGUGGAGCUUAUGGGUCGACAUGAGGGGGUAUCACAGGUAUUAUUAUGCAGAGUAGGGUUCAUUAAAGAAGUACUUCUCUGCCCAGCUCUCACUAAUGGUGAUGAGAAAAUGAUUGGUGGUCUUGCACGCUUGAUGUCAGAAAUUGGUCAGGCUGCACUGUGUCUGAUUGUAGAAACAAAUGCUGAAGGACUUCUGUUGGCAGACGCCCUACUGAGUUGUGUAGCAUAUCCAACUGAAGCAUGGGAAAUUGCUGAUUCAACACUGCAGUUCUGGUGCAGCCUUACAAGCUCUAUUCUUGCCCUCAAUUUGGAUUCUGUAAGCAAUAGGAAGGUUGCUGAAGACACAUUUUUUUCUGUGUUCUCAGCAUUACUUGAUGCCCUUCUAUUGCGGGCCCAGGUGAAUGAUUCUACCUUGAAUAUCAAGAAGGGUACUGUAGAGCUGCCUGAUGGUCUUUCUCAAUUUAGGAUCAACUUGGUGGAGCUUUUUGUUGAUAUUUGUCAGCUUUUACGAUCAUCUACAUUUAUACAAAAGAUUUUCGUUGGUGAUUGGAGUUUCUCAAUGUUGCAAAUUCCUUGGAAGGAGGUGGAAGUUAGAAUGUUCGCUCUUAAUGUGGUUGCAGAUGUUGUACUAUGUGAAUGUCAGGCUUUUGAUCUCUCCAUGGUUAUGAACUUGAUCGCUGUCUUGUCAACUAGGACUCCUGACGAGCUCAUAGGCUUCAUGCUCAUCGUAUACAGAUCUCUUGCAGAGGUGGUGGGAUCCUAUUCCAAAUGUUUAUCUACUUGCCAAUCCAAUGUUAGACCCUUACUAUUGUUUCUUGCUGGUGGGAUUCUUGAGCCUCUUUCUUCCAAUGCUUGUGCAUCUGCUCUGCAUAAACUCUGUGAAGAUGCUUCUGCUGAAAUGUAUGAGCCAUCUAGUUUGGAAAUUUUGAUAUGGUUAGGCGAGGAAUUGAAGAAGAAGCAUUUACCUCUAGAAUGCGAGGAGGAAGUUAUUGGUGCAAUUAUUCUAAUAGUUAGCAAUGUCCCGAACAAGGAGAUAAAGAUCAACUUGUUAACCAAAUUACUUUCCUCUACUUAUGAAGCUAUAGGUGAACUCAUUGACGAAGAAAAGUCGUCGAUACUGAAUCCUGCUAACUAUACACUGGUUGUUGGUGCUGCAACAAGGGGUUUGCACAGGAUGGCAUCCGUAUUUAGCCAUUUGGCAGUUCCUCUAUCAACUAGUCCUACUUCAGACAACACUUCACUCGCUUUGCUAGGAGUUUUCUGGCCAAUGCUUGAAAAGCUUUUUAGGUCAAAACAUAUGGAAAAUGGGAGUUUAUCCUUGGCAGCCUGCAAGACUCUAUCACAAGCAAUUCUUUCCUCUGGUCAACACUUGGGAACAUUGUUGCCUAAAGCGCUAGAUUGUCUAUUGUCAAAUUUCAUAUUAUUCCAAAACCAUGAUUGGUACAUCAGAGCAGCUUCUGUUGUCAUUAAGGAAUUUGGUGGGAAUGAGGAAUACAGAACUUUAUUUAUCAGUACUUUUGAGAGAUUUACAUAUGCAGCAUCAGUAAUGGCCAUUAAUUCUUCAUAUAUAUGUGACCAAGAGCCUGAUCUUGUGGAGGCAUACACUAAUUUUGCAUUUACAUUUGUCCGUAGCUCUCCGAAGGAAGUUUUAGUAGCUUCUGGUUCACUGCUUGAGGUUUCCUUUCAGAAGGCAACUAUAUGUUGUACCGCUAUGCACCGAGGAGCAGCAUUAUCAGCAAUGGCUUACAUAUCUUGUUUCUUGGAGAUUGGGUUGUUAUCUUUGUUCAGAUCUUUGUCAUGUGGCCUUGAAGAACCAUUUGAUGUUGUGGCAGUGCGGGUCUUAUCCUGUAGUGGGGAGGGACUGAUAUCAAAUAUGGUGUAUGCUUUGCUUGGCAUUUCAGCAAUGUCACGGGUUCAUAAAUGUGCAACUAUCUUGCAGCAGUUGGGUGCAAUAUGCAGUCUAACAGAGAGAACAGUGUGGAAAGCAAUUCUUUCUUGGGAGUCAUUGCAUGGGUGGCUACUUGUUGCAGUUCAGGGUUUGCCAAAGGAGUACCUGAGGCAAGGGGAAGCAGGGACUCUAGUACCAAUAUGGAUGAAAGCUUUAGGUGGAGCAGCCAGGGAUUAUGUUGAAGCUCGAAGUGGUGGUGGUGUUGAUGAAAGCAAUUACAAUGGUGGUGGGGCAGCAGCAGCCCAUAUGCAAGGGAAAAGAGGAAAGCUUCUCAAGCUUUUACUUAGGGACUUUGCCGAGACUCACCGUAACCCUAGACCCUAAUAUCCAGCCUCCUCCUAAUUCUAACAACUUAUGCAAUCAUUGCUGAGAGACCAAUCCAUCCAUGAAUCUCUUUUCUAUUGCUAGCUGCAACCCAUCCAUUUUUGGGACAUGGUUCAUUUUUCUUAGCUAGCUUAAAAGGAAGAAAAAAAAGAAUCCGUGGUGGUGGUGGCUGAACAAAAAGAUUAGUACAUGUAUGCAUAAUAUUGUAAGCCAAUAAUGUGAUUAUUUUUCUUUGUUUGAUUGACAUUUACCUUGUUAUGGAAGGAAAUGAAAUUGACACAGCUCUUAAUGCA